AUGUCCAUCUCUAACAUCAUAUUUUUCGACGAAAUCGCCUCAAGGCACGACAUCAUGAGCGACGAACCAGUAGAGCUCACCAACCUUGCAGCGUCCAAGAUUGACACCCCACCAGAGGAUGCUACACCACCCGUUCAAUACCCGCGUGGUAUCCGCUUGGCUUUGAUAACUGUCGGCCUCGCCCUCUCCAUCUUUCUCGCUGCUUUGGAUUCAACAAUCAUCGCUACCGCAAUCCCAAGCAUCACCACGCAAUUCCGUAGCAUCAGCAGCCUGGCCUGGUAUGGCUCGUCCUACGCAAUCACCAACACCGCAUUCCAAUCCGCGUGGGGCAAAGCCUAUCAGUACUUCAGCCUCAAAGCCACCUUCAUGUCUGCAAUUGCAGUGUUUGAAAUUGGCAAUGUGAUAUGCGCCACAGCACCAACGAGCGAGGUUUUGAUCUUCGGGAGGAUCGUGUCCGGCAUGGGCGGUGGCGGAGUUAUGACGGGUGCGUUCAUCAUCGUCGCAAUGACAGCUGGGCCACAAUAUAGGGCCGCCUAUAUGGGUGUGUUCGGUGUGACUUUUGGGUCUGCAAGCGUCGUAGGACCGCUACUAGGUGGCGUUCUAACAGACGGCCCUGGAUGGCGAUAUUGCUUUUGGAUCAGUUUACCGAUCGGCUUCGCUGCCGCGCUCACGAUGUUCCUCUGCUUCCAUGACCCAGGAAAGCCCAAGGAUGUACCUCUCCGCGAGAAGCUCUUGAACCUGGAUCUUAACGGCGCCAUCUUGCUAUCCGGAUGCUUCUCUUGCUUCAUCCUAGCCACGCACUGGAUUGGCAUCAUGCCUCCGACUAGUGCUCGUAUCAUUGGCAGCUUCAUCGGUUUCGUGGGCCUUUUCAUCUGCUUUGCGAUCAACGAACGCUAUAUGGGGAGCUGCGCGAUGGUACAAGCCCGCGUGUUCAAGAACAAACUGGUCUUCGCCAAUCUACUAUAUGCUUCCUUCAUCGCGGGCGCCUUCUUUCCGCUCAUGUAUACACUGCCGAUCCAGUUCCAAGCCGUCAACAACAACACGGCUUCGCAAAGUGGAGUGCGACUUAUUCCACUCGUUAUGGGCGUCUCACUCUUCACCAUGAUAUCUAAUGGAACGCUCACCUUCUGGCGCCACUACAAGCCCUUUUUCUUGGUGGGAGCAAUCUUGGCUGUAGCUGGAAACAUAAAGAUACACUCCUUAGAUGCCAGCACACCGACCAGAGACUGGGUCGGCUUCGAGCUCUUGACAGCCACGGGUGUGGGCCUCGCUCUGCAGAUUCCGAUGAUCGCCAAUCAAGCUCUUGUCUCUGCUGACGACCUGGCCGCUGUAACAUCGAUGUCGCUCUUCAUGGAAAAUACUGGUACCGUAUUCUCAGUCGCAUCGAGUGAAGCGGCAUUCACGAACGGACUGCUUUCAAGCCUCGCCCGUAACUUGCCUCAACUCGACGCGAAAGAGAUAAUGGAUGCUGGCGCAACGCAGAUCCGCGGGCUUUUCUCGGGUAACGAGCUCGACCAGGUGUUGAAAGGACUCAACGGUCCGAGGCCCUCUACCAUUCUCUUCGCCGUUGGCGUCUUCGCGCAGGUCGCGUUGCUUGCCUGCAUCUUCUGGACUUACACUAGCUAUGGCAACCCCCGUGAGCCGACCGCCUUAGCGGAAACAACAACCAAGACAUCACCAAGACCCAACGGCUUCACUCUGCGCCACCUCUUAGAUCACGGCGCUGGGCAACCUGGACCACGAGCACGAAGGUUCGAUGUGACUCCAGAGCGAUUCGCCGUUGCUGGUGUCGACUCCCGCAUCGGGCCCUUCACAAUCAAGACGGCACCAGUCAAGAUAGAAAGACCCGCGCUACGUGGCUACGAUGCACAGAUCCCCAUGUCGUCCAUGUGGAUCGCCGAGGAUAUACCGGGUCCGGAUGUCACGGACAAGAACACGGUUAUCAGUUUCGCAAACAUGUCCGAGGAUGCUUACAAAGUCGGCCCUGACGACGCGGGAUGGAUGGACGUUGAUGGGCAUUACAACUCAUCGGUUCCUUUCGGCUGGGAUGACAGCGGCAUCCGAGGUCAUGUGUUCAGCGACGACACUAACUCCACCAUCAUCCUGGCGGUAAAGGGAACGACAGUAGCGAUGUUUGAAGGCGACGGGACGUCCGUGCACGACAAAGAAAACGACAAUCUGUACGGUUCUUGCUGUUGCGGCCAGGGCGGCACAUAUCUUUGGCGCAAAGUAUGCGACUGCCAGACUGGAACUUACAGCUGCGACGAGCAGUGCGUCAAAAACGAGUUACGUAAGCCGAACAGGUACUAUGCCGCGACUGUCGAGCUGUAUCAAGAGGUCACCAAGAUCUAUCCGAAUGCGCACAUUAUGACGACAGGACACAGUCUAGGAGGCGUCCUCGCUUCUCUAAUCGGCUUGCAACACGGUAUCCCUGCGGUAACGUUUGAAGCCUACCCACAGGCUUUGGCAGCUAAGCGCUUAGGACUACCAGCUGCCGGCGACGUUGCUCCACUUAGGAAGAACACAGGUGGCUUCCAUUUCGGGCAUACCGCUGACCCUGUGUACAUGGGAACUUGCAACGGUGCUACGAGCUUUUGCUCUAUCGGCGGGUACGCCUUCGAAACGCUUUGCCAUACCGGAAAGAAAUGUGCAUACGAUGUGGUCAAAGAUUGGGGCUGGAGACAGAACACACAGACCCAUAGCCUGAGCACAAGUACAAGUACCUGUCAAACACCCGGAUGGUUCGGUUGCAAAGACAAGACGACAGCUACCGUCGACGUUGAGGAAGAAAAGAGCGCGUCCCCUCGCGAUGUUGGGAAGAAGUUCAUCGCAAAGGAUGUUGAAAGGAUGGAGCAAACAGGCUAUGGUCGCUACCUGGUUUCGCUCAGACAAAACUCAGCUUUGAGCAUCAACUCACCACAUGAAGGUGAAGACGUCCCUUUCUCAAAGAGACGACUAACGCCAAUUGGCAUCGUUUCCAUGCAACUCGCGCGCUUCCCGUCCGAACCGUCCGCACCAACAAUCCCAGAUGUCGGGUUCACUUCCCUGCCCCGGUAUUUCGGGAACGGGUACGCUACUGAAGCUGCAGCGGGUCUGAUGGAGUACUUCACAGAUGAGAAAGGACACAAGGAGUUUUGCGGCUUUUGUAAACCGGAGAAUACAGCAAGCGCAAACGUUUUGAAGAGGCUGGGAUUCGAGGAGAGAGGUCUUAGAGAGAUAGACGGGGUUGUCAAGGGCGAGGUCUUGAGCGCGCUGGUAUGGACAAUUGGCGUCGGACAUGAGAAGGCUGACGCGACCUUAUUCCACGAAAUGUCAACACCAGAUGGACUGGCAACGAGGCGUCCGGAGAAGCGGCGCAGACUUGAGCGCGUCGCAGCGGCCUGCGAUCUGUGCAAGAAAAGAAAGGUAAAGUGCGACGGCGAGCAGCCAUGCGCCUAUUGCACUCGAAAGGAUCGCGCGGCUACUUGCACGUUCAGCGGUCCCCAUGCACGCCCACAAGCGCAUUCUGCCGGUCACACUCCCCUUCACGGUGUCCGUUCCGACGAUAUCCACCGUCAUCACCCCCGUUCAACAGGCCAUACACCUAAUAAUCGCGAGCGAGAUGAACAGGACGACGCUGUGCGACAAAGACUUGAUCGUGAAGCUGCCGAGGACGGAACAUCACUCUCGCCAACGUUAAGCAGAGAUGAUCAACAAGGCGAUACAGUGGUGCCUCUGGAAGGUCGCAUCCUCCGUGACGCCCAGGGAAAAUCUAUCUUCAUUGGAGACUGUGCCCCGCUGUCGUUCCUGCAGACAGUCAGGCACCUCAUCACAUCCGAGGUGGACCCAAGAGCUACCGUCCAAGCCACCCGCGACCCCAUCAUCGAGAUCGCUCGGCCUGAGUCAGCGGGUCAGCCCUCAUGUCCUCCAAUUGAUGUGCGUCAAGUUGACGCACUAGUCGAUGAGUUUAUGGCUGCAAGUAGUGGUCUCGUUCAACUCUUCCAGCGAGAGGAUCUCGCUCCCGAGCUGAAAGCAUGGGCAAGCAGCAGAACUUCGAGCUCAGACGAUGCUGCUGCUGCUGUCUUCUACUUGGUCCUUGCGAUCGGCGCCCAAGAAAGAUUCGAGGAAAAGGCAGAAGCCUGGUUCAACACUGCCCGGGAUGUGCUUUUGAAGCAUAUGUGCAGCAGCAUGAAUGUUUCGACUGUUCAAGGCUUUGCCCUCGUGGCGAUCUACAUGUUGCGAGCGUCUCAACCAAAUGGAGCCUACUUGUACUUCUCUUUGGCCGCCCGCGCAGCAUACGCAAUUGGCAUCCACCGGACGGAAGUGAACGCAUCCUUUGGUGAAACCAUUAAGCUGGUGCGAGACCGAAUUUGGAAGAGCAUUCGCGUUACCGAUCAACUAAUCAGCAACGCAUUGGGUCGGCCUCCGUCCACAUCAGAUGUUGACUGCACCGUCAAAUACAACACCUUUGAAGACACCACCGAGACUGAUGAUGCCAAUAUACUGGAUGCCAGCGUCCAGAUCUUCAUGAUUAUCGAGCGUGUCGUCGUUGAAGUGUAUUCUCGCAAACGUAUAUCACUACGCAUUGCAGACUACGUCUCGCGACAAUUGAAGAGCUGGGCGUCCAAAUGGCUGCAGAAGUUAUCUCAUCUUACGACCAGACCUCAUUCUCGAGAAGCCGUGGUUGGCGCGUGCUCCACGCUCUGCUCCUAUUACUACGGCAUCAUGCUACUCACCCGACCUUUCCUCAUCUACGAGUUAUAUGAAUACAUGGGUGCUCCACUGAAGAGCGGGAGCUCACAAGCUGAUCAUCAAGAGAAGCGCAAGUACGCAGAUGCUGCACUUGAUGCUGCGUCGACAUUAGUGGACACAUUGCUAGUCGUGACGAUUACGAAGCAGUUGCCUCGUAAGAUGCCACUGAUAGUAUCCUGGCUCUUCACGGCUACACUUGUUCUUGCGGUCGGCAUCCUUGGGGACUCGGGACUUAUGUUAGUGGACAGCUGCAAAGAUGCCAUCACCUGCAUGGACUACUUCGGUCAAGUGGACCCUCAUGCGCGGCAAUACUCGCAAGUCGCACAAUCGCUGCUCAAGAUCACCACUGCACAUGCUAAGAAGAGAGAGUUGCAUUUGCGUCGGAAGAGGAAGCAAGCCUCGUCGGAAUUGUUUGGCCUAUUGCCAGGAGAGCGUACCAACAUUCCACCCCAAGUUGACGAAUGCGACGCACAGCUCGGCCACGGGUCGCUGGUCUCCCGAGACUCUGUUCAGCGCAACGUCUCUUCUGCAGCGCCACUCGAUUGGACUAUAUACGAUGCCGACUUCUUUGCCAUGCCAUGGCCGAGUGAGAAUGAUCAAGGCCUUCAGGAUUUCCUCCAGCCAGGCACUCACAACCUUGAUGGCGUAUCCGUGGCUGAUAUACCACUAUUCCCCAUCCACGACCAGCAGAUGGGCGGUGACUUCUUUUCUUAA